AUGGCACCCCGCGGUCGUGGAGGAAAGUUCUCAAAGCCGACUCGAGGAGGCGGCAAAAAGUUCAGUCGUGAUCUACAACCGACGGACAAAGAUGGCAAUCCCGUCAGUCUUUGGCGCGAAAAAGACGAUGGAAUCCCCUCCUCCAGCGAAGAAGAAUCCUCGUCGGAAGAAGACUCUGAGGAGGAGUCCUCCUCUGACGACAACGACAACGACAAUACCCCAACAACCAUCGCCGGUGUCCCCGGUUCCACCACGCAGACCGACUCCGCCAACGACAAUUUAAGCCGCGAAGCUCGCCGCGCCGCCGCAAAGGCUAAAAAGCAAGCCGCCAUCGCUCGCCGAGGCAAAGCCCCCGCGCAACCAGGCGACCUGCCCCCUCUGACAGCGACGACUCCGACGGGUCCGCCUCAGAAGACGAGCACGAUCUGCCUGCGAACCCUAAUCACAGCGCGAAAUCUCGAUCUCAGGCUGCCAAGCCCCGGUGCGGGGGCGAAGAAGGUGGUCAAGGAUCCGUCGCAGCUGUCUCGUCGAGAGCGCGAGGCGAUUGAGGCGCAGCAGGCGAGAGAGCGAUAUCUGAAGCUUCAUGCAGAGGGCAAGACGGACGAGGCCAAGGCGGAUUUGGCGCGGUUGGCGGUCAUUCGGGAGCAGCGGGAGGCGGAGCGGUUGAGAAAGUUGGCGGAGAAGGAGGAGAAGGACGAGCAGCUGAGGGCCAAGGCGGCGCUGAUCAAGGAGCGAGAAGAUAAGUUGAGACAGGCCGCGUUGGGUAAAGCCAAGAAGGGAAAGAAAUAG